UCUCGAAAUUAUCUCAGAGCGCCGGGCUGCGGUUGCUACGACGACCAAUGCUCUUCGGGUUCGCAGCGAGCCAUGUGACAGUGACAUUGACGUCAGCCGGAGGCAGGCGGUGUGGCUAGAGUCUCCGGCGGAGCCCGAGCCGUAUGUGAGAGAUCUGCCGAGUCCGGGGCUGCUCGCUCGCCCGCUCGCUCGCUCCUUCCUUUGCCGCCGCGCUUCCUCCGCCGAGCAGCCGGAGCAUGGCGCAUUAGAGAAGAAUUGCAUUUCUGCGGGGCGAGAUAAAAUCCUGAUACCACCAUGGGAAAACAGAACAGCAAGUUACGCCCAGAAGUGAUGCAAGAUUUGCUAGAAAGCACAGACUUUACUGAACAUGAGAUCCAGGAAUGGUACAAAGGCUUUCUCAGAGACUGUCCAAGUGGACAUUUGUCCAUGGAGGAAUUUAAGAAAAUCUAUGGGAAUUUUUUUCCUUAUGGGGACGCUUCUAAAUUUGCUGAACAUGUGUUCCGUACAUUUGAUGCAAACGGCGACGGAACAAUAGAUUUCAGAGAAUUUAUCAUAGCUUUGAGUGUAACGUCUCGAGGGAAACUGGAGCAAAAGCUGAAGUGGGCAUUCAGUAUGUAUGACCUGGAUGGAAAUGGAUACAUCAGCAAAGCAGAAAUGUUAGAAAUAGUCCAGGCAAUCUACAAGAUGGUUUCUUCAGUUAUGAAGAUGCCAGAAGAUGAAUCAACACCAGAGAAAAGAACUGAGAAAAUCUUUCGCCAGAUGGAUACCAACAGAGAUGGAAAACUUUCUCUGGAAGAGUUCAUUCGAGGAGCCAAAAGCGACCCAUCUAUUGUCCGUCUCCUUCAAUGUGAUCCCAGCAGUGCUGGACAGUUUUAAAACUGAUAGUCGGCAGCUGUGUCAGAAAGAAGAUGGAGGGAAGUCUUGUUUCUAGAGAGCAAUUACAAGAUGGUUGUCUUCGACCCAUAACUCAGUCUUAAGUGCCAUUUAAACAGUGAUGCGUAUUGUCAGUCCGUAGCUAUCCAUGCUCUGACAACUUGUUGCAAUGCUGGCAACUCUGAGGGAGUGCAAAGGCAUUUUUUUUCUUUAUACUUGUUGAAGAACAAUUCAUGCCAAAUGUUGAGGUGUUUUCACACAAGCAUAUACGCAAGCACACACCCGAAAGACAUUUCAGGCUUCCUUUUUAACACAUAUGGCUUUAUUUUAGGCCUUUGCAGGUAAAUAUUACGUUCAGAAUAAUUUCCAUUUGCUUGAUUGCGGCCUUUUGGAGACGCUGAUGCAAAGCUUGAGGGAGUGUUCCUUUAAUUUCCAGUAUUACCACAUGUUUUGGAGCCAAUUGUUCCAUUCUAUUCUUAGUUGUUUUAGGGUAGCGCAUGCAAUCCUAGAACUGAAUAAAGAUUCAGGAACAAAUUUAGAACACAAUAAGUGCUGCUUUGCUAUCUACAGAAUUUCCAUGGCAGUAAAGCUUUCAGUGUGUUGACCUUAGUUUGGAGGAUGCUGGUCAUGGCUGUGUUUCACUGAUAUCUGUGAGACACAUCAGUCAUGAUCAACAUGAGUCUCUGAUUUCAGGAGGACAUGAGUACAGUUAACUAGCCCUGGAUGGCCUCAGAUCUGUGGGUUUGUUACAGAUCAGCCCUUUUUCUGUGUAUGUGUAGUGUGAAUCAACCAUGCAUUCCUGUGCUCAUCAGUAUCCAAACUAUGUAGCAUGCUUCCUGAUCAAAUUAAGGAAUCCAUCGAUAAAAGUGGCUUCUGUGGGUGUAACUUCCUUUCAGGGAUUAAAUGAAAAAGUAUAUAUUGUUUUUAAAUGUUCAGCAUGAUACGUUAACUUAAAGCAUAUCUGUAGAACAUAACCCACUUAGUUCAUUUGAGAAGUAGAGCUGAUUCGAUGAAUGAUAACAAUAUAAUUUCUGUGUUCUGAGGCAUGGCAUUCAUGAUUUCCUUUUCUAUGCUUUUUGCUGGAAUAUAUUUUUCCUACUCUGGGAAAUGCAUCUGUAUUUCUGUAUUUACUGUUCUGAAAAUGAUUUUAACUGUACUGACUAGUUUCCUAUUGGAUGAGCUCUUCCGUCCAUCAUUCACAUGAUAUGCAAAUUUUGUGAAAGUCUUAGUGUGAUUUGCAUUUUUAAAGCAGUACUGACUGUGUGAUCCUAGUGUGUGUUGGUUGGUAGUGGCCAUGUUGUUGUAAAAUGUAAGGGGAAAAAAAACUACUUAAAUCUUUUUUAAGUGUUUGGCUUAUUAAAAGUAUUGAGACCUGCAUGUUAAUUAAAUUGAUUAUUCCUCUCUACCCCAUUGUGGUAAUGAUGCACAAAUGAUGCAAUUGUUUUUACUUGUAUAGGGAACUUGCAUUCUAUGUUUGUCCACUUGUUUGUUUAAAAUUGAAACUUGUUAUUAUGAUCUGUCUAAAAAGUCUUCCUUCCUUCCUUCCUUCCUUCCUUCCUUCCUUCCUUCCUUCCUUCCUUCCUUCCUUCCUUCCUUCCUUCCUUCCUUCCGUCUUUUCAUAGAAAAAUUGAUCCUGAAAAAUGGUCAUUUCUGUAAGUUCCUAUCCACAUGGUUUGUAUUAUCUUUCCCUAUCCUGUCCUGGAAAUAUGUUGGAAACCUACUUUCAGAAUUCUCAGCCAGCACACUAUUCAUCUUCCUGCUGGGAAUCUUGGAAACUGAAGUCCAAAACACAUGUGGAGAUUCCGUUUGGAACAUAGCUGAUGUAUAAUUUUAUGUUAAACAGAUACAUUAAAAGUUAUUAUAUUGAAUUGUUUUUUUCAACUCAAUUUCAUGCAUUGAUGAAUUAGUAAAUAUCAACAGCUUGCAAGAUGGCUUUAAACAUGCUUAACCUUUUUUUAUAUUGCACCCAAUGUUUCCUAGAUCUGUUUAAUCCCCCCCCCAAGUGUUCAGAUUUGAUAGCAGAAUCAAAAUUCUAAAUGUUACAGUCUAUUGAGAGCAAUUCAUGCACAUAGAUACUGACCAGGUGGGAAAUUUGGAUAUUUGUCUUAUUGAUGUGGGACAGGUUUUUUUCCUCAUGAUUUGUUUGUUUUAGCAAUGGAAUGGAGCCCAAAUUUCUUUAAUGUAUAUUGAAGUGCAGUAUAAUAUAUGCAAACACUUAACAGCAACAUUGGUGAUUGGUUUUAAAAAAAAGAGAGAGGUAGAAUCAGAGAGAACGGUGAACCUGUGAUCAUGUAUUUUUACAGUGCCAAACAUAUGAACAAUAUUGUUUGAAGAAAAGUAAGAAUUUUUUUACUGUAUUACUGCUGAACAAAUGUUGUUUUUAAAUGUUGAAUUUUAAAUAAUUUUGUAUUGUAUACCAUUUUGUGACAUGGUACUUUUUCAUACUGGAAUAAUUGAUUGCACCUGAUCAUAAUUGUAUUUUUUCCUUUUAUGAAUACAUAACUGUAACCCACUAUUUUUGAAAGAUAUGCAGAUAUUAUGUCUGUCAUGGUAACCUUGAAUUUUGUUUUCUCUUCCAACUAUUCACUGCUGUUACACUUUCUAGAAAGUUCAGUUCCAUCUUUCUUGAGGAAAACCAAAAUCAUUUUCAGAAGCCCCCCAGCAUGAUUUCAAACUAUUCUGAGUAUUCCUGCUCACAUACAGCCUAUGGAUGUCCACAGGAGUUCAGAAAAAUCAAAAUGGCCGUUGUCUUUCAGAUAAAUACAAUAUUCAUGGUUUCUGAUACCAAGAGACAUGAAAGACCUACCACUUCACCAGAAAGAAAUGACCAAUCAUUUUAGAAAUUGAUAUAAAAUUAUUGUCAAAAUGAAAAGACCAGUGAUAGCACAGGGACUUGCUUUUCGGUGGUUUAGAAGAUUUUAUGUCUUUUACUUUGUGAGCAUGUCAAAGGCAUGUUUACUUAAUUGCUGGCUGCCAAAUUUUGGCUAGAUAAUUGACUGUUGCAAUUCUACGGCUCUGAGUUUGAGUAUGAAUUUAAAGUGUGGCCAAGUAACAGCAAACAAUAAGAAAAUGUAGGACUGCCCUAGCAACUACAGUUAAAAGUCACCCCUGCUGUUCUUUCCAUCAUGGCCGGAGAUUAAUGCCUUUUGAAUCGUAUCUCAUUAUUAAUAAGAACAUGUGAUUGGAACGCGUUGCCAAUGAAGCCCACAUGAAGUAUAAGCUCUUGGAGUUGAGUUUGCUCUACUGAUUAAACUAAACCAUGGUUGGCUAAUUUAACACUCAGCGACUGCAGUCACAUAAUUAACUAGAUUAGGCUAAAAUAAGAUUGCUGUCUCCUGUGAAACAAGCCAUAAUAGUUUAUUCAUUCAGACAUGGCAUGGUUUGUAAAGAUGAACACUGUGUACAAGUAGUCCUUGUUUAAUGAUCACAUUUGGGACCAGCAAGUCUCACUAAAAUGGUCACUAAGUGAAGCAUGAUUUUAUGGUCCUAUUUCAACUUUCCUUCACUUUAUAGUUCUCCAAAGGUCGUAAAAGCAAGGCUUGGUUGUAGAAUUACUUUUCACUACAGUUGUAAUGGUGAAUGGCCACUAAAUGAGGACUGCCUGUAUUGUUAAACUAGAUUUAGGUGUAUUGCUCUGUGUGAAUCCAGGCAUAAUAUGGCCCAAGUAGUUAAUAUAUAAUUCAAUGUGUGCUUUUGAGGGAAUGUAAAUAAAUACCCAGGGAUGACUAAUAUCUAUGGGGGGAAAAAAGAUCAACAAAAGAUGGUUAUACUUUAUGAACAUUUAUUUCUUUCCAUUUAAAAAUGUACAAAAAAUAUAAACCUGUAUUAUUUAUAUGUUUAUAGAGUCCCCUUUCCCAUUUACAAAACUAUCAUUAGGUAACACACAAUAUUUAUACACAAAGCUUGCUUUCCAGAAAUGAGGGCACUGCACAGCGUUUUUGGCAUAAGUACUUUUUCAUUUUUGCACCAUGUCAGUAUCUUGCAGGAAGAAUUGAAAUUAGAAGAAU